UCUACCGCUAAAGCAAUCCAACGUCUAACGUUAGAGUCCUCGCUCUCGGAAAGCCGAGGACUGGGUGAGCAAAUGGCAAGCACGAAGCCGAGCCCUCCCACCCUUCAGAAAUCGGGAGCCAUUUCUAAAGGCUACAACUUCGCCUCUACUUGGGAACAGAAUGCUCCUCUAACGGAGCAGCAACAAGCGGCAAUCCCAACGCUGUCUCAUACGGUUGCGGAGCGGCCUUUUCCUCUCAAUCUGCCACUGGACCACGUCUCCCACCCGGAUAAUGCCUUCUCCAUCUCUGUUUCCGCUAAAGACUCUUCUCUCCAACAUUCUGGUCCUGCCAUCCAACCGUUCUUGGUCAAUACGAACCAGGUGGAUGACACCCUAGACUUAUUUGAUGAGCUACAGCUGCAGCAUCAGGCUGCAGCUACGAAGACUAAAACUCUUCAUGAUGCAUGUGAUCGACUGGUAAUGGCGAAGCAAAGACUGAUUGAGUUUGUAGAAGCACUUCGUAGUAGGCUCAAGUACUUUGAUGAAUUGGAGAAUAUUGCUUCCAAUUUUUAUUCUCCAAAUAUGAAUGUUGGAAAUGAAAACUUCGUCCCACUGCACAAGCGGCUUGAUGACUGCAUUUGUAAGUAUGUUGAAAGUAAUCCAGAGUAUUUAGAAUCCAGUGUUUACUUGCUCAAGUUCCGACAACUUGAGUCUCGAGCUCUGGGCAUGAUGCGCUCUCUUGUACUUUCUAUCCUCAAAAGUGCUUCUUCUCAGGUCCAGACAGCAAUUCGAUCUAGUGGCAGCAGCAAAACAGCUGUUUCUGAAGGUGUAGAGGCAUCUGUUAAUGUUCGUUUCAAAGCAGCAGCGAGCGAGCCAGCGCUGGAGGGAAUUGAAAGCAGAUCAUCUAGGAAAGAAUAUGUUCAACUUCUUGCAGAAUGCCACAGAUUAUAUUGUGAACAGCGGCUUUCCUUGGUAAGAGGCAUUGUGCAUCAACGGAUAUCUGAAUUUGCAAAGAAAGAGGCCUUGCCAUCAUUAACUAGAUCUGGAUGUGCAUAUCUAAUGCAGGUCUGUCAGCUUGAGCAUCAACUCUUUGAUCAUUUUUUCCCAUCUUCUGAGGACAUUUCAAGUUUGGCUCCCUUAAUAGAUCCCCUGUCUACAUAUUUGUAUGAUAUACUCUGCCCAAAACUUAUUCAUGAAACAAAUAUCGAUUUUCUGUGUGAACUUGUUGAUAUCCUCAAAGCUGAAGUCUUAGGAGAUCAGCUAAAUAGGCGGGGUGAACUGUUAGCUGUGCUGCGCCCUACCUUACAAAGAAUUCUAGCAGAUGUUCAUGAGAGGUUGACUUUUCGUGUUCGAACACAUAUUCGUGAUGAGAUAGCGAACUAUUUGCCUUCUGAUGGAGACUUGGAUUACCCUGCAAAGCUGGAACAAUCUGUUGAGAAUGAAACGGGGACUACUGCUGCUGAGGAAAGCCCAGAUGUAUUUAAAACUUGGUAUCCACCACUUGAGAAAACUUUAUCGUUGCUUUCAAAGUUGUAUCGCCGCUUAGAACCUGGAGUUUUCACUGGUUUAGCACAGGAAGCUGUAGAAGUUUGCUCGAUGUCUAUCCAAAAAGCAAGCAAACUCGUUUUAAAGAGAUCAACCCCAAUGGAUGGCCAGCUCUUCCUCGUAAAACAUCUUCUUGUUUUAAGGGAGCAGAUUGCACCUUUUGAUAUCGAAUUUUCAGUAACACACAAGGAACUUGAUUUCUCUCAUUUGCUGGAACCUUUAAGACGUAUUCUUAGAGGCCAAGCAUCACUAUUUGACUGGUCAAGAUCAACUUCAUUGGCAAGGACCUUGUCUCCCAGACUUUUGGAAAGUCAAGUAGAUGCAAGGAAGGUUUGUGAGUUUUGUCGUAUUACGACACGACCUUUAUAUGAGUUGUACUGGAUACUCCUUAGUUGACUUGACUACACUGCAAUGUUUUUGAGGUUGCCUGUGUUGUAUUUCGAAAGCAAGAGAAUAGAUUGUUUGCUUAUAAAAGGUUAUUGAAAAGAGUAAGUGUACCCCAAAUGAAGGGAUAUAACUUAUGUUCUAGUGAAGUCAAUUCUGGAAUUUAAGUUUUAUAUGCAAAUUUCACUAUAUCUUUCC